AUGAAACCCAUUCUAACCAUGAACAAUUGCAUAGCAAAAGCAACACCAAAUGUGUGUCAUAGUACCGGUAACCUGUGCAAAGCUGAAAUGGAUAAUGUCACUAGUUGGGUUUACGAUAAGACUCAGGGAUUAUUUAUAACUGGUGAAUAA